UUCGGAAGCGUGAACGUUGUAUCUUCAGCUCAGAAACCUACCGUUAAUUUGUUCGUUUCGAAAAGCCAACUUCAAGCAUGGUGAAAGAGAAAACUCAUGUUAACGUGGUGAUUAUCGGCCAUGUUGACAGCGGCAAGUCAACUACCACCGGCCACCUCGUUUACAAAUGUGGUGGCGUCGACCAGAGAAGAUUGGAGAAGUUCGAGAAAGCUGCAGCAGAGAUGGGGAAGAGCUCCUUCAAAUUUGCCUGGGUGUUGGACAAGCUUAAAGCUGAGCGGGAGAGAGGAAUGACCAUUGAUAUCUCUCUGAUGAAAUUUAACACUCAAAGAUACAGCAUGACUAUAAUUGAUGCACCUGGCCACCGAGACUUCAUUAAAAAUAUGAUAACCGGGACUUCACAGGCCGAUGUUGCCCUCCUGGUGGUCUCUGCAGCUCAAGGAGAAUACGAGGCUGGUGUGUCAAGAAGUGGUCAGACCAGAGAGCACGCCUUGCUGGCUUACACUCUGGGUGUGAAGCAGAUCAUAGUGUGUGUGAACAAGAUGGAUCUGACUGAACCCCCUUUCAGCCAGAAGCGCUUUGAAGAAGUGGUGCGAGGUGUGAACGGCUUCCUCAAGAAGAUCGGCUACGAAACCGGAACUGUGCCUUUCGUGCCAAUUUCUGGCUGGACUGGGGAGAACAUGAUCACUGCAACUCAGAAGAUGCCCUGGUUCCAAGGAUGGAAAUCCAGAAGAAGGGGAGGAAAUGCAAUUGGGAGAACUUUACUUGAAGUCCUGGACUCCAUUCAACCACCAGUUCGCACCAUCAACAAGCCCCUUCGGUUACCUCUGCAGGAUGUCUACAAAAUUGGAGGAGUCGGGACCGUGCCAGUAGGUAAGAUUGAAACUGGCGUCCUCAAACCAGGCAUGACCCUGAUGUUCUCGCCAGCCAAAAUCACUGCCGAGGUGAAGUCCAUUGAGAUGCACCACCAGGGGAUGGAGCAAGGUCUGCCCGGACACAAUGUCGGCUUCAACAUUAAGAACGUGGCUGUAAAGAACCUGCGGCGAGGGGAUGUGGCUGGAAACGCCCAGCAGGAUCCGCCCACAGAUGUCAGCAGCUUUGAAGCGCAGGUGAUCAUCCUGAACCAUCCAGGGAAGGUCAAGGCAGGCUACUCUCCUGUCCUGGACUGCCACACCGCCCAUGUGACCUGUCGCUUUGCUGAGCUGAAGGAGAAGAUUGACAGGCGGACGGGAAAUAAAGUGGAGGACGAUCCGCAGCUACUGAUAUCUGGAGACGCUGCCACAGUCAAAAUGAUUCCCAUCAAGCCCAUGUGUGUCGAGAGCUUCUUCUCAUACCCUUCCUUAGGUCGCUUUGCAGCACGAGACCUGAAGCAGACGGUCGCUGUCGGAGUCAUCAAGUCAGUGGUGAAGGAACAAGGAUCAAAACUUAAAGCCUAAGUGUGUACAUAGUUUUAGUUUUUUUUGUUUACCAGUAAACUCCAGUAUUGCUGCUUUUUAUUUGGUCAAAUGACAUUUGUGUUGCGACACAAAAUAUUUAUGUUAAAAGAUUAUUCCUGUGUUAAUGAGAAAUCCAA